GAAGCAAUAGCUUUUGCACGGUGGAACUAACUCCUCGUUCACAAAUAAACGUUCCUCCAGUGCGUGUAGUCCGUCUAUUUUGGCCACGAUUUGUCUGCUCGUGACCGUACAGGAUUAUAAGUUGUUUUCACUCGCAUUCCACGCCACGGUUCCCUGUUCGGACGCGGUAAUCAAUUAAUAGAGCAAAAUGCCUACUCCAGCGAGUGCUACGUCUGUCGGCAGCGGUAGCCGAUCACCGUCGAAACCGACCGCACCGCGUGCGGCCGCCGGCGGUGCCAGCAACCUGAAGCAACGUAAAACGACCACGACCACCACCGCUGCCCGGAAUCGCACGACAGGCACCGGAUCCGGUGGCAUGUGGCGCUUCUACACUGACGAUUCCCCUGGCAUCAAGGUUGGCCCCGUGCCGGUGCUCGUGAUGUCGCUGCUGUUCAUUGCCUCCGUGUUCAUGCUGCACAUCUGGGGCAAAUACACGCGCUCGUAAAAGACUGCUCACGUCCCCCCCUCGGGUGGCACCGGGGAUUUCCAUCCGCUUUUCGUUAUAUUAUCCGUUCUUCAAUCUUCAUCGUUUGAGUUGAAAAGUGCAUUCUGUUUUGUUUUUUUUUAAUUCCCAUACCUUCUGUCUCACUUCGCACUGUGUGCUCCACGGACUGAUAGUGCGAGUGAAAGUU